AUGGCUACUUUACCCCAUCUUCCGAUCGAAGUCGCUACUAUCAUUUUCACAGAACUUCGACCCAGAGACUGGCUUUCCCUCCGUCGAACAUGCAAGGGGAUCAACGCAAAGACAGCACAUCUCUUCACCAAGUCCUUCUUUAAGAAGCGCGUGGUAAUGCUUGAACGAAGAAGUCUGCAGUGUCUCGAGAGUAUCGCAACGCACCAUGCUCUUAGUCAGUCCGUCGAGGAGCUCGAGAUCUGCACCAGCCAUCUACUGCCCCUCGACGAGGUCCGAGAGAUCGAGCCACCGUAUAGCGAAUAUGAAAACAUGAUGAAAAGCCUCCGGGGGAAGAUUACCCCGGCUGAGUUGGGCAUAGACUAUGACGAGUGGUAUGACAGGUGGCAGAUCAACAAUGGAGAGGGGGAUUCCAGUGACUCUGACGACGCUGACGACGCUGACGACGACGAUGGUGAUGGUGAUACUGAAAGGGAUCGACUGAGGCGACUCAAUGCAAGCGAGUAUCGCAAACGCCUAUACGACCAGGAAGACGUGAUGCAAUCACGCUACGAUGUUAAAUGCCUGACACAGGCCAUGGCGCAUUUCAAGCGGUGCAAGCAUAUCAACAUCAGCAGUAGCAUCCAGGCUUGGGGGCUAAAUCGAUUGAGGCGCAGCAUCGGCAUCUUGCCUCAAAGGGGCCUUACAUUCGAAUCGAAAGAGAGCACACGGCUGGUUCGUCACAUCAUCCAUGUGGUUCUCACAGCGGUAGCAGCAAGUAAAAUCCAGGUUGAGGUACUGAACAUUGGACCCGAGGGAAUGCUCAUGAAUUCGAACCGGGUCAGUCCUUUCAUGCUUAUGGGGCCGUCCUCUGCUAUCUUAGUAGAGUCUCCUCCCUUCAGCCUGCGUCGACUACAGAUCUCACUCGAUCCAAAUGUUCCUCAACACGUUCCGGUUUCCUCCAAGUGGGACUCUGAUCUGAUUCGGUUCAUCAAGCUCUUGCCGGAGCUUUCCUACCUUGAACUCGUCUUUGAGGAGCGAGAUGAGAUGGGACGGUUUUCGGAGCUAGGCAAGGAGCUUUAUAUCCCUAAACUCGAGAAGUUAAUGCUUUCCUGUAUUGACUGCGCCAGAGAGGACAUAGCAUUAUGUCUGAUCCGUCACCGUCGAACGCUUCGAGAGGUCGUUUUAGAUUCUAUCCAGCUCGCUGGGAAUACUGCAUCAUGGCGUUGGUUGAUUGAGAUUAUUCGUGAUAGCCUAGACCUUGUUAGCCUGUCUAUCGAAUCAAGCGGAGCUAAAGAGGAAGUAGGGGUUAGUAGAUUUAUAGAUCUCGAUGAUAUGCAGGCGACGGACAUACAAGGUCUCACCGAGAUUAUUAGCAUAUUAGCGGCGAAAAUAUAG